AUGCGUCGCUGGCCAUGGCUCCCCGAGCCACCUUUUGACCCUACCCACCGCUUCCACACCUCCUGGCUCCUCUCACCCCUCCACUUCUUCCUUCUACGAGCUCUGAUUGCGCUGUAUUGCUUCGUUACCAUAUUCUUUCUACUAGGAUGGCGCAGCACCCACGGCAUGGACGAGGCGGCGCGUCGGUCCUUUAGCUACUUCACGAGCCUAACGUUCUGGGGCAUCGCGUUCUACUACGCGUUCGCGGCCUUCCAUACGGGGAGCUUCUGGUUUGCCGGAAAGCCGUUGCUCGCCCGCUGGCCAACGGCUCUACAGUAUCUUCAUGCCAUAUUCUAUACAACUAUCACGACCUUCCCAUUCGUCGUAACGAUCGUCUUCUGGGCCGUCCUAUUCGAUACCUUCUCCACCCCGUUCGACACCUGGUCCAACGUCACCCAGCACGCGCUGAACCUCCUCUUCGCCGUCCUCGAAAUCCUCAUCCCCCGCACCGAGCGGCCCCCGGUAGUCUACGUAGCCGCGCUAGUCGUCCUCCUCGCGCUGUAUCUCGGGCUCGCGUACAUCACGUACGCCACCGAAGGGUUUUACGUCUAUAGCUUUUUGGAUGACGGGGAGGUCGGUCGCGGGGGCGUGGCAGGGUAUUGUGUGGGGAUCUUGGUCGGGACGGUCGUGGUAUAUGGGCUGGUGUGGUUGGUGAUCUGGGUGCGACUGGUGGUCACGGAGGAAAAGUGGGGGAUGGCUGGGAAGAUGGCGACGAGGCGUGGAGUGGUCCAUCCGGGUGGAGCGGAGGUCGGAGAAGUCAAGGACCAGGUGGAGAUGAGCGAGAGUCAUCACAGCGCCGUAUGAUGCUGUGAUUCUUUGACCCCCUGGCUUUCUGGACCCGGCAGAUCAUGAACUAUGUAAUGUGAAGUAAUCUGGUUGACGUUGAGUUGCCUGCCGAAAUUUGACGAAAGAUACCGGCAAGCCUCCCUUCUGGUGAGCAAUGAUGGGACCGGCGGAAGUGUGCAGUGCUCCAUAGCGAAGGCUUCAUUUGUGGUGUUAUUAGAUGGUGCUCGUGAAUGCAAUCAGAUAUGAACCCAU